CCCGGAGCGCUCUGGCUGCGCCGGGCGCGGGGCCACGGUGAUGGGCGCGCGGCUGGUCUGGCGGGGAGCCCGCGAUGGCGGGGCCGGGCCGGACCUUUCUGCGCUUGGCAUCGGUGCGGAGGCCCCAGGGUGAAGAGCAGGGAGCAGUUUGCCAUGGCGACUGCAGCACAGCUCCUUGCCUGGAGCCUGGUCCUGGUGCCAGCGCUGCUCCCAGCCUCUCCCCUGCCCCAGCCGUUCAGCAGUGAGCGACACUCCACGCCACGGGCUGCAGGAGCCUCCCUGGGCCCUGGCUGGGUGCAGGAGCUGGCUGAGUGGCCCCCUCUGGGCAGCCCCUCCGAAGAGGCUCUCUGGACCCGCCAGGAUCUGCUAGCCCUCUCCCCAUUGGCGCUGGCUGCCCCAGGGGGGAGCCUGGUCUUCAGUGGGGCUGGAGAGCCGGAUGGUGAGCUGUGGCGAGGCUCCAACCCUGCCCACUCUGCAGCCAUCGGCCAUGACGCAGGGACCCCCCCUGCCCCAGCAGGAAGCUCUGCUCUCCCACCCCCGGCGUGGCCCCUGCUCCUGGGGGCUGAUGACUCUCAGCAGACGCUGGAGGUGCCCCCGGCUCCGGGACCUGCUGGCACUGCGGGCGCUGGCCCAGCCACUGCCACGUUCCGGGGACACACUGGGCUUGGCUCGGGGAGCUGGCCCUUCACGCCCACGCCUGGCUCUGGGGCUCCGAGAACCGAAGGCAGCCCAGGAGCCUUGGCUUUCGAGAGCAGAGAACGGCCCUCGGGCUCAGAGCCCAGGAGCCUGCAGCCAGCUUUCCCCAGCCCGGCCAGGCCUCCUGGGGCAGAGAGCAGCCCAGGCCCUGCUGGGCAGGACAGGCCGGGCACAGCCGGGACGCCACACCCCAGGCCAACGGUGUCCACUGUCACCUUGGCGGCCAGGCCGGGCUCCGCAGCAGGAGCCAGCAGCGCCGAGGGGUGGCAGGCGGCAGACGCAGGCCCUGGGAGCGUGGGUCAGGAGGGCCAGCCUGUGAGCUGGGCUCCAGGGAAGGGGCAGCCAGCGCCUCAGGCCAAUGUCCCCCGGGAGCCCAGGGAACCCCUGGAGCAUGUCUGGGAGAAGGGCCGGGCUUCCUACACCCGGGGUUACUCCCUCCCUCCCUGGGGCAAUGCCCAGGGGCUGCCCCCGCACCCCACAGGCAGGGAUGGCCAGCCCCAGCCGGAGGCGUGGUGGGUCCCUGGAGCCAGCCUGGGUGCUAGGCCACAGCAGACGCCUGGAGCAGGGGGCUCCAUGGCUGGUAUGUGGCCUGGUCUUCCUCCCGCUGUGCUCAGCGCUGGCCGCCUGGCAGCGCCGGCUCCCCCAGCCCACGGGAGCCCCACCUGGAGGCUCACCCCAGCCCGGACGGAAACCAGAGCCCCGGCCUGGACAGAGGGGCUCUCGGCUCAUCAGAGAAGCACUCGGCGGGCGCUGCCUGGAUCCGCGACCCAGCCACCGCACCUCCCCAGGAAAGCUGCUCCUGGCGCAGAACAGGGAGCGGAGCACCCCCGGGCCGGGCCCACCCUCCACACCAGCCUGGGAACGUCGCCUGCCCCAACGCCUCCUCGCCCAGGGGCUGCAGCAAAGGAGGAGAUUGGGGCCCCACAGCGAGUCCGGGGAGCGGUGGACCCAAGAGCCCCCGUGAACGCCACCUCCACGGCCCCCUCUGCCCCCAGGCUGCCGCCGCCGGGGACCCUGCACUCAGAUGGGACCCGACCUCCUGGCCAUGGCAGCACCACGGCCCCUGUGCCCACCCCACCCCAGUCCCCAGCCACUCCCCAGCGGGGUGUGAUCAGAGUCAGCACCCAGCGAGCUCUCCAGCGCCCCCCUCUGCCCCAGCCUGGGCCCAGCGUCCCAGCCACGGGGCCUGCCUCUAGCCUGCCCUGCCCCCAGGCCAGUGGGGCCUGCAGCCUCCUGCAGCCCAACCAGACGCUGCUGCUGCGCUGGGCUGACCUGCAGCGCACGCUCGGCUUUGCCUGGGAGCUGCACGUCUAUGGCGCCAGUGCCCUCUUCCUGCUGCUCAGCCUGGUCUGCGUGGCCAGCCUCAUCGGCUCGCCCGUCCUGGACCUGCCCCACCUGCCCUACACCCUGGGCGCCAACGCCCUGCUGCUGGGUGCCGGCCUGCUCCGCGCCACCUUCCUCCUCUGUGACCCCUACGGCGCCAGGGCCAGGCUGCCCGCCCCGGCCGUGCGGCUGCUGUACAACGCGCCCUUCCCGCUGCUGCUCAGCGCCUUCGCCCUGCUGCUGCUGCUGCUCCUGCGCGUGGCCCAGCUGCAGCUGCUGCCGCCCCCCCUGCAGAGCCUGCCCCUGCUGGCUGCACUGGCUGCGCUCCAGAGCACCGUGCUGCUGGGAGCCGACCUGCUCUCGCCCCUGCUGAGCCCCGUGCUGGGCGUGGGGCUGCACCUGCUCUCCUGCGCCUGCGGCACCUCCCUCAUGCUGGCCAACCUGGCUGCAUAUUGGCAGCUGCGGCCCCAGCAGGCUGCCAGGCCGGGCGAGGCCCAGCUUGGCUGUGAGGAGCCCCAGGAGCUGCCUGGCCAGGCGCUGGGGCCCUGCCCGCGGGUGCUGCUGGGGUGCAGCGCUCUGGGGCUGCUGUGCUGUGGGCUCCAGGCGUACGGGGUCCUGUGGCUGGGGGCGGUGCUGGGCCCGCCAGGGGAGUUCUCCUGGCUCUGGUGGUUCGUGCAGUUCUGGUUCCGAGUCUGCGAGCUGCUGCUGGCCUUUGGCCUGUGCUUCGUGGCCUCACACCCCUUCUGCCAGCGCUGCGGCUCCGCCGACCACACCUGCUGGGCCAAGCUCGUCCGCCACUUCUGCACCUACCGCAAGGCCGAGGCGCCCGAGUACCCCAACAACUGCUACGACUGGGCCAAUGGCAUGCAGGAGCGGGCGGCCAGCACCGACAUCGGCAAGAGCCUGAUCCGCAACCCGCCCGAGCAGCUGCACCUGCGGGCACUGAAAGACAGCACUGAGGGGAGGGCGCCUGGGGCCUUCUCUGCCGGGGGCUCCACCUCCUCCCUGGGCCGGCCCGGGGUCUGCCCCAAUGCCGCGCGCGUGGGGCACUCCUACACCAGCAUCUGCUUCGAGAAGGAGUCGGUGCUGUCGCUGGGGGAGCUGGAGUUCCGCCCGCCCUCGCCCAUCAGCCUGAGCCGCAGCAUCGAUGAGGCCCUCUUCAAGGAGCACCUGGUGCGCGACAGCAUCUUCCUGCGCUCCAGCCUGCAGUGCCCGGGGCGCCUGGCGCGCCAGGACUCCUGCUCCUCGCUGCGCAGGAGCUCUGCCCUCACGCCCAUGGCCGAGCCCCUGCUGCCCGCCAAGGCCUGGCAGCGGCGCAGCAGCGACCCCGACUACCUGUACAGCCUGGCCCGCUGCAGCUCGCUCAGCGACCUGCCCUCCCAGAGCGCCAGCAAGGGCCUGCCCAGCGAGCCCCCCACCGCGGGCGCCAUCUCGGGCAGCUCCCUGGACAGCGUCUCCAAGGGCUCCCUGAAGAUCAGCUGGAACCCCUGGCGGCACGGCCUCUCCUCGCUGGAGAGCCUGCCCCUGGAGGAGACGCCCAGCCGGGCCCCGCUGCUCCCCGAGGAGGCCCCGGGGCCCAGCACCACGGCAGGGGCCGCAGACUCUGAGGGUGAAGCCAGGCGGAGCUUCCUGGCGCUCAGCAAGCAGGUGGAUUCCCGCAGCCUGUCCAGUGACACCAUUGAGCUGUGAGGGGCAGGGGCAGGGCAGCCCCCCUCAGCACCGCGCGGAGGAGAGCGGCCGGCGCCCUGCCAGGGGGAACCCACGACUGUGGGCUCCCUGCCUGCCCCAGCCCUGCCUAGUGCCAACCCCCAACCCCCCUCAGUGAUUUUUAUGGAGAUCUAUUUUCCCAGCUCAGAUUUUGC